AUGGAGCACGACGAAAAUGGUAACGUUGGUAAAAAACGUGAUUUAAGCUCCAAGGUAGGACAAGCAGCAAAGAAGUUCAUCAAGUCAAAGGAGUUAACAAGAAAGGGUAACAGGGCUCCAAUAGGAAAUAUGGAGCACGACGUAAAUGGUAACGUUGGUAAAAAACGUGAUUUAAGCUCCAAGGUAGGACAAGCAGCAAAGAAGUUCAUCAAGUCAAAGGAGUUAACAAGAAAGGGUAAGACAAGCAGCAAAGAAGUUCAUCAAGUCAAAGGAGUUAGCAAGGAAGGGCAACAGGGCUCCAAUAGGGUCGCCGUGUAUAGUCCUUAUGUAAAGCUCGUUAGAACAAAGGAUGUAACAAAGUGUACUAACGAUGUUCAACAAACACAUAAUAACAACGAGUCGCAGCAUAACAAGAAUGAAAAAGAAAAAAAAACUUCAUCUACGCAAUAUUCGCUCUACGACGAUCCGAUACCUGGAUGCAGCUGGAUGGGCCCUUACCAGUACCAAAACAUUAAUGAAGCUAGGACCACUAGUUUUUCAGAUGAAUAUUGUCUCUCCUGGAUGGGCCCUUACCAGUACCAAAACAUUAAUGAAGCUAGGACCACUAGUUUUUCAGAUGAGUAUCUGAAGAUGGCAAUCCCUGAAUCCCUGAAGGAUAUGGAUGAUAGAGAAUGGAGUGACCUAAACUCUGAUUAG